AUGGUCUUUCGACCUCCGUCCUGGGUGCCGCCCAUUACGGUUGCCAUCCCAGAUUCAGUUCCGGUGGGAGAAUUUGCCCUGAAUCAAACUGGGCGGACGGCAUCUAGCGAAGAAGAAACCGCCUUCGUCGAUGGAAUAUCAGGAACGAGCUACGCCAUCAAAACCGUCCGUCAACGCGUUGAACACCUUGCGCGUGGUUUGGGGCAAAGGUUGGGAUGGUCUCCAGAUAGUGGAUCCCCAUGGGACAAAGUGGUCGCUAUCUACAGCUUGAACACAAUUGAUUAUUUCGUUCUUUGCUGGGCCGUUCACCGACUCAAUGGGAUCUGCCUGCCUUUGCAUCCUACCAGUACCGCCGAGGAGAUCACAACCCAUCUGACCAAGGCGCGAUGUCGGCUCAUUUUCACCUGCCGGCCCCUCAUGUCCACUUGCCGGAAUGUAGCUGGGGAGCUCUCCAUACCGUCCGACAGGAUAUUCACCAUAGCAGUCUCCGACCAAUACAUGUACGAGCCGGCACUCGAUGGAAGCGGCAAAGACAAAUUUCAGUCGCUCGAGGAACUAGUCAUUCAAGGCUCGCAGCUGGCACCCUUUCCCCCGCUUCAGUGGGACCGAGAGCGGGGCCGCUCCCAGGUUGCCUAUUUCUGUGCGACAAGCGGGACAUCAGGCAAGCAGAAACUCGCUAUGCUUACGCACUACGGCCUGAUCACAAACCUUCUGCAGAUAGAUACGUUCGAGGGCCAUACCCGCGCUGGCUGGUCCGAAGUAGCAACAGGAGCGGUUCCCUACAGCCAUGCGUAUGGCAUUAUGAUCGGACUGCUGGCGGCCUGGCGUGGGGACACGCUGAUCACUUUUCCUCGUUUCGACAUGCAGCGCAUGCUCCAGGCGGUCCCUAUACAUAAAAUCCAGCGUUUGUACCUGGUACCCCCCAUCCUCGCCGCCCUGGACGCCAACCCGUUCUUCUUCGAACUCUGCGACCUCUCGUCAGUCACCACCGUCGUCACCGGCGCCGCUCCCCUACACCAGAAGAUAACGGAGAGCUUGAAUCGGUUACAACCGAGCUGGAAGAUAAUGCACGGAUACGGUAAACCUGCCCCCAGCCCCCGCUCGUGUUCUCCCGAGGGCCUUACAGAGAGCUGCGUCAUCGCAACGUGCACUAGUCCCAACGACAUCUGGCCCGGAUCGUCUGGCUCGGUGAUGCCCGAAUUCCGCGUCCGCCUAGUCGGCCCAGACGAGCAGGAGAUCACCGGGUACGAACAGCCAGGCGAGAUCCGAUUCCAAUCGCCAAGCCUGUUCAUCGGCUACCUGGAUGACUCGGAGGCCACAAGCGCCGCCUUCGAUCGGCAUGGGUGGUUGCGCACAGGGGACGUCGGCCUGUUCCGUCAGGGUCCACAGGGCACGGAGCAUCUCUUCGUGAUUGAUCGCAUGAAGGAUUUGAUCAAAGUUAAGGGCAACCAGGUUUUGCCAGGCGAUAUUGAGCAAGUUCUGCUUGCUCACCCCUCCAUCGUCGCCGCGGCUGUUGUGGGGGUGCCGGAUGAUCUGGCGGGGGAACGGCCGUUUGCAUUUCUGGUCCGGUCGAGUUCGAUUCAAGCAGAGCUCAGUGAGGUCGAGCUCACUGAGGUAAUUGAGGAACAUGUACAUAGUCGAUUGGAUGAGACUCAUUGGGUGGAUGACCGUAUCCGGUUCCUGCCUGCUCUUCCCACCAGCGGGAAUGGGAAGGUGUUGAAGAAGGCAUUGAGAGAGAUGGUCACGAUGAUGUGA